AUGGUGCUCGUCUUGUGGCUGGUGCUCUUCUGCUUUGCUCGUGCAUCUCUCGCAGCUGAACCCACUUGUCAUGAUUCCGUACUGUUUCAUCGUGGCGAAUCCAUUCUACCGUCAACAGAUCUCUUCUGUGUUAUCCGAUCCAAUCAAGAAGGACCGGACGAAAAUGUGCCAAUCAUACAAAGUGAAGAGGAAUGGCUUGACUUCGUUAUGGAGAAUGAUGCACUCGAAGAUGAGGAUAAUACGGUAGAUCCACCGCUCCCUGUGCUCAUGACCAGAAAAGAUGGGCAGGUUUCGGAAUUCCUCAUUCCAGCUUCGUUCUUUGAUUCGAAAUGUACUGUCAAACAGGGAGUAGGUGCGUUUCCCGCUGUUGCUCAUUUUUCAAAAAAAAAUAUUUUAACAUUUCAGUGGUUGGAUUUUCCCAGUCUACCGCUUGUACUCCCAUAUUUACCUCGUUUUCGGAGGGAGAAUGUCUAUCCAAUGAUUUUCUUUCUGCUCAGUCACUUUUUGGAUCACCACUAG